GCUACAUAUUGAUUUCUAGCUACUGAAACCAACUAUUGCUUGGCUUCACCAGCUAGCUCUCUCCAUACCGCAUCUGUGUUUCCUUGUGUUGUGUUUUGGAGCUCCAGGCGUAGCCAUGGCUGAGGUACUGGCCACCAUGGUGGUCGGGCCGCUGGUGUCCAUGGUGAAGGAGAAGGCCUCCAGCUACCUCCUGGACCAGUACAAGGUGAUGGAGGGCAUGGAGGAGCAGCACAAGCUCCUCAAGCGCAAGCUGCCGGCCAUCCUGGACGUCAUCACCGACGCCGAGGAGCAGGCAGCAGCCAAGAGAGAAGGGGCGAAAGUUUGGCUAGAGGAGGUUCGGAAGGUUGCCUACCAGGCGAAUGAUGUCCUCGAUGAGUUCAACUACGAGGCGCUGCGCCGCAAAGCCAAGAAGGAGGGCCACAACAAGGACCUCGGCAUAGAUGUAAUAAAGCUUUUCCCUACUCACAACCGUAUUGCUUUCCGUCACAGGAUGGCAAACAAGCUCCGCGUGAUCUUGAAAGAAAUUGAUGUCCUCGUCGCCGAGAUGAAUGCAUUUAGGUUCAAAUUCAAACCAGAGCAGCCAGAGCCCACAAAUUACUUAAGGCAGUAUAAUUCUAAUAUCAUCGACCCAACAAACAUCGCCAGCAAAUCGAGAGCUGAUGAGAAGAAGGCAGUCGUUUCUACAUUGCUUGCUCAAGUCGGCAAUGAGAAUCUCACGGUCCAUCCAAUUGUCGGAAUGGGAGGGUUGGGCAAGACCACCUUAGCACAACUCAUUUACAAUGACCCUGAAAUCCACAAGCAUUUCGAGUUGCGGCUUUGGGUGUGUGUCUCUGAUAACUUUGAGGUAGAUUCCCUAGCUGAUAGAAUAUUGAAAGAGAAUGGUUGUGAACAAACUGGUUGCUCAGCAUUGGAGAAACUUCAAAAUGCAGUGAGUGGGAAGAGGUACCUACUCGUAUUGGAUGAUGUAUGGAACCGUGAUGAGCACAAGUGGGAAAGGCUUAAGUCCUACCUUCAGCAUGGUGACAACGGUAGCUCAGUGCUGACAACAACUCGUGAUGAAGCAGUUGCUAAACUAAUGAUGGGUAAAACUGAAGGAGCCUAUAAACUUGAAAGCUUGGGUGCAUACUUCAUAGAGAAAAUUAUCAAGACAACAGCAUUCAGUUCAAAAGAAGAGGAGUGGCCUGGUGAACUCGUUAAAAUGGUCGGAGAUGUUGCCAAGAGAUGUUCUGGCUCUCCUUUGGCUGCUACAGCUUUGGGCUCUGUACUGCGUACCAAGACCACCGAGGAAGAAUGGGAUGCUGUGCUAAAUAAAAGCACAAUUUGUGAUGAGGAAAAUGGAAUUUUACCUGUACUUAAAUUGAGUUACAAUUGCUUGCCAUCAUAUAUGAGGCAGUGCUUUGCUUUCUGUGCUAUGUUUCCCAAGGAUUAUGAGAUUGAUGUGCAAAGUCUAAUCCACCUAUGGAUGGCCAAUGGUUUUAUCCCAGAGCAACCAGGAGUGUGUCCUGAAACCAUUGGAGAAAAAUUUUUCAAUGAGCUGAAGUCGAGGUCAUUUUAUCAGGAUUUGAAGAGUGUCCCAUUUGAACAAAAAUAUGAUCCUUUUGAACCGAUCAAGUACAUGUAUUGUUCUAAAAUUACUUGUAAGAUCCACGACCUUAUGCAUGAUGUUGCAAUGGAUUCUAUGGGAAAAGAAUGUGCCGCAAUAGCUACACACCCGAGCCAAAGUGAGUUUGCUCUUCAUUCUGCUCGUCAUUUGUAUUUAUCAGUGCCUCAACCAGAAAAUCUUCUGAAUGCUUCCGUAGAGAAAGGAUCUCCAGCUUUCCAAACAUUGAUAUGUGAUGGAUAUGUAGAAGAAGAUUUGAAGAUCUUAUCAAAAUACAACUCUAUCAGAGCUUUAAAGAUCGAACGAGGUUCAUUCCUAAGGCCGAAAUAUCUUCAUCACCUGAGGUAUCUUGAUCUCUCGGGAUGUGAUAUUGAAGCACUUCCUGAAGAUAUUAGCAUCCUAUAUCAUCUGCAAACACUGGACCUUUCUUAUUGUGAUGAUCUUCAGCGACUUCCAAAGGAACUGAAGUAUUUGACUUCCCUCCGUCACCUCUACACUCACGAAUGCCCAAAUUUGAAAAGCAUGCCCGGAGGGCUCGGACACCUCACUUGCCUACAGACACUUACAUGCUUCGUAGCAGGUACCGACUCCGGUUGCAGUAACGUGAGAGAGCUGCAGGAUUUGGACCUCGGUGGUAGACUAGAGCUAAGCCAGCUCGAAAAUGUCACAGGAUCAAAUGGUGCGCAAGCAGCAGGUCUUGGAAACAAGAAAAAAUUGACUGAACUGGAGUUAAGAUGGACUGAUGGUGAUCCGGAAGCACAAAAUAAUAAUCAUGAAGAGGUGGUGGAAGGUCUCAAACCUCAUGAUGGGUUGAAGGUCCUGAGGAUAUAUUCCUGUGGGAGCAGUACUUUUCCAACGUGGAUGGAUAUGUUGAAUGGCAUGGUGGAGCUUGAGUUAUCUGGUUGCAAAAAGCUCGAGAAGCUUCCUGCACUCUGGCAGUUACCGGCUCUGGAAAUUCUUGACCUGACAGGAUUGGAGAGUUUACAUUGUUUGUGCAGUGGCGCUGCUACAGCCGUCACAUUUCGGAAACUGAAGGUGCUUAUCUUGGUUGAGAUGCCAAAAUUUGAGGCAUGGUUGGACACAGAUAUGGUACAAGGAGAAGAGACGAUAUUUCCCAAGGUUGAGGAGCUGGCGAUCCGCAAGUGUGGAAGUUUGACUGCAUUACCAAAAGCAGCAUCGGUGAUUACGGAAUCAUCUGGCGGAGUUGAUACUAUGUGCCGCUCUGCAAUUCAGGCACUGAGGAAGCUACUACCGAAAGGGUCAUUAAUGGUUAAACAAUUAUUUGGCCAGGCUGAAACUGUGUGUUGUCGCUCUGCAUUUCCAGCACUGAGGAAGCUAAAAUUAUUUAAUAUGUCGGCCCUUGAGAGAUGGGGAGCAGCCGAAGGAACUCCAGGAGAAGAGGUAACAUUUCCUUUGCUGGAGGACUUGGAAAUUGAUGUCUGCCCGAAGUUGAAAGGUCUCCCUGAAACACCCAAGCUAGUUAAAUUAGCCAUAGAAGGAGAAGGUCAACAAAUAUCCCUGCAGGCAGUAAGCAGAUGCAUUCCUUCGCUGUACAUUCUGGAUCUGGAUGUGUCACCCAAUGACACGGAAACAACAUUGCUGCAUGUCAAGCAGAAAUGGGAUCAUGAACUCCCCCUGCUAGCUAUGACGCUAACUAGAAAACGUGUUCCAGGUCCUGGUAUCCCUAAGGAGGUUAGAGAUUUCAUGUUGCAGCAAACUGACAGGACACACACAAGCUUCUGACGGGCAAUCUGCUCCAGAACGGGGUGGACUCCCGCCAUGUCUGGUAUCUCUAUGUAUAAGUGGUUGCAAAUCUUUGGUGGAGGUCCCCAACCUGCCGGCAUCUCUCAAGAAAUUAGGUAUUGAAAGA